AUGACGGCUCCUUCAGGCUUUGGUUCCUUUGGAUCCAGAUCGGCUCCUAAAUCUACCGCUGUUACCUCUCCUUCUUCGGCACAUCAGUACCACGGUCCCAACUAUGCUGGAAAACCUGGUCAAACUACGGCUGGUUCACGAAGUCCUGGUCUCUUUGGCCAAAUGGCAAGUACUGCUGCAGGAGUUGCCGUGGGAUCUGCUUUGGGUCAUACAAUUGGAGCUGGUUUAACCGGUUUGUUUGGUAAUAGAUCCGAGUCACAGGACCCGGAUACUAUGGAUCAACAGUCCCCUGCAACUUCUGGACAGGCUCAAGAUUUGACUGCUUCCCAAACAUUCCAGAGUGAGGCCGAGUCAAGACCUUGUGAGAUGGAUGCCAAGAACUUGGCCAGAUGUCUUGAGGACUCCAACGGCGACUAUCAUGCUUGUGAUUAUUACAUGCAAAUGCUCAAGUCGUGCAAAUCUGCGGCCAAAGAAUUCACCGCUAAUUAG